UGUCCGGUCGACGUGUCAUAUCAUUGUUGUUUAACAAGAUGAUGAUGGAUCCGGAUUCAGCAAAAAUGCAGGACUACUCGGGUUGGUCGUUUGGAUUUCACAUGCCACCAACAUCUUCAACAAAUCUUCUCCCGCAGUCAAUGCCAGAUGAUUUGUCAAAUGGGCCCGAUAGCCCUGAUUCAACAGGAAAAGACGGAAAGAAGAAUGACGACAGAGUGAAAAGGCCAAUGAAUGCAUUUAUGGUUUGGAGCAGAGGACAGCGGAAGAAAAUGGCUCUGGAAAAUCCAAAAAUGCACAAUUCUGAAAUCAGCAAACGUCUUGGGACAGAAUGGAAAAUGCUCAGUGAACAAGAAAAAAGACCAUUCAUCGAUGAAGCGAAACGACUACGCGCCAUUCAUAUGAAGGAACACCCAGACUACAAAUACAGACCGAGAAGGAAGACAAAGUCAAUUAAUAAGAAAAAUGGAGCACCAAUUCCAUUUGGAAAUUUGGACACAAAAACGCCAUCUUAUCCGACGUUAACAACCAACUGGAAUGCGACAAAUCAGUAUAUUGAUCAGUUUCGGUUUGCUCCGUACCCCACAACAACUGUAAUGGAUCAAAUUCCAUUCUCGUUGACAUACCCAGUGCAUUCGGUCCCAACUGACAACUCGUCGCCUUCGCAGUUCCAGCCAUCUCCGAUGAGCACAAAUUUUGCUGGCAGCUACCUGACACCAAAAUCAGAGAGCUCGCCGGUUGGCAGUGAUUCUACAGUCGGCACCGUUGACUCCAGUCAGUUUCGUGCUUACUACGACCACACAAAGGAUCAGAUGAUGUAUCCGUACAGUAUUGAAUUGACUCAUGCUCAAAACAUUCAAAAUGCUCUUUCCCAAUCCCAUGUUACCUCUUAAACACACUUCUCGAAAGAAAUUGACCUUCAAUUAGUUUUUUUGGUACAAAUUUCAAUACUCCAUUAAUUUUUUUCAAAACGGUUUUUGACUUUUGAAACAUCUGAGCUUUUUCAAUUCCAAAAUCAAAAUCUGAGGCAGUUUCAGAGAUGUGCAUUGCUAAAUGACUUUUUACCUCUUAUUCCCAUUUCUCUCACAAAAAAUUCAAUGUCCCGUGUAGGGUGAUACGUGCCCAGAGGUUGUUUCACUUCCCCAUUUUUUCUCCCUUUAAAAUUUUGCCAACACAACACUGACUUGGUAUUUGACUGUUUUUGAAAUUCUAAUCAAUAUGUUUCGUAUAUUUGUUUCCUAUGUCAGUUUUUGUGGUUUAUCGGAAUUCAUUUUCUCCGUCCUGAUUCUUGAUAAUUCUCACUGUUCUUCGAUUUUUGUUUGCUCUCUUACCCAUUAUUUGAUGCCACUUGUGUCAGCCGUCAUUUUCCACGUUUCCCCAGUUUUUUAAUCCAUGCAACCAAUUUAUUGCUCCUAACUCUCAUCACCUUCAGUUUUAUUGUAUAUUUCUUUCUUGAAACUCCAAUAAUUAUUCGCGCUUAGAAACCUAUUUAGAUGCGUCCCAACUCAUUUCUGAGGACCUCAUAUUUCAGUUUUGCAUUCUGAAAUACCAUGUUCUAAAAUUUAGAUGUUGAUACCAUCAUAUAAGUUUACAAAUUUUUAAUUUAUCCAUAAAAUGUUGACACCCAA